AUGUAUGCUGCCAAGCGGUGUAAUGAGCUUGCAUUACGUUCAAUGCUCAAGUUGCUGUUCCUGGCUGCGGUCUUAAACGGCGUUAUCCAAGGCCAGGCGCGCAGGGCGCCACGUUCCCCGCAUUCGCCGUCCCCCCCUUCAUCACCGCCGGCACCGCCCGAUUACUCCAGGAAGGGACUUCGUCUGGUGCGCACCGUCCUGCAGCCCCGCGCCAGCAGCACGGCCGGCGGCCGUAAUGGCAGAGGCGGCCAUGAGGUGGUCACUGGGCGGCUGGAGGUCCGGGUCGGGUCACGGCAGCCAAGGGGCUCCAGGCCCCGCUGGGCGCCGCUGUGCGAUGAUGGCAGCUUUGACAUUUGGCAGGCGCAGGAGUUUUGCAACAUCAUGGGCUACAAGUACGGCAUCAAGUACAACGGCAGCGGGAUAAGUAGCUAUGGCCCCGAUGAAAACAGCUGCAGCAGCGAGCCCUGGCACGGCCGUCCCGCCACUUGGUUGGGCUUUAUCGACUUCCCCUCCCGCAUGGCGAAGUACUGCUACCUGUUCUGGUCGGACUGCCCCGCCAAGCUGUUAGUGGCGCUGCAGUGCUCAGAUUCCCCCUUGAUGGCGUCACCCCUCCCACCCCGGGCCCCCAGUCCGCCGCCGCCCAACGCCGCCCUGCGCAAGGCCAUCCGCUACGUUCCGCCUGAGCCAAAUCUAGGCAUGCAAGUCAUGUUCGGCAUGACAUUCCGCUGGGAGCUGCUGGUCAACGUCUCCACCUCCGAUAUCGCGGGUAGUGUGGAGGGUGACGGCAGGGGCAGCGACGGGGAGCAGCAGUCAAGCAAGGACACUGCAGCGCCGGAGGCUGUCUGGGCGCCGCUGUGUGCGUCGCCUGGGCAGGUGGCGGCACUGAGGCGGCAGCCGCGGGACAGCUAUGGUGACGCCGCCGAUAUUGUAGCCAACACCUCCUGUUACCAGGUGGACGACUUCACGAGUGGCUUGUUCCUAUCUUUGACCGGCUACGCCCUCGCUCCAGUUGCCAUCCCAAAAGGCAAUAGCAACUACAACAGCACCGACAGCAGUAGCUUGUACUAUUACGACAGUGUUAAGGACGGGUUCGACCCAUCCAAGUACAGCCACUGGGUGACGAUUGUGGACGACGGAAUCCGGGCGGACCGCCAGGCACUCCAGGAGAUGCAACUCAACAUCUCCACUACACCUUGCGAAUCUGGGUACCUCUUCAUUUCCCGCUGUGACCUGAUCGUAACAACUUGA